CCCCCAGCAAUGCUCCCCAUUUGGCCCAGAUGGUUGUGCAUCUUGCUCUGCUUUGGCCCCUUCGCUCACAGCUUACACAUCCAGGAAUAUCUCUACUUCCAAGUGCUGAGCCCUGGCGAUAUCCGCUACAUCUUCACUGCCACCCCGGCCAAGGAUUUUGGAGGGGUGUUUAACACGAGAUACCAGCAGAUCUACCUGGUCCCGGCAGACCCUCCGGAGGCUUGUGGGGCUCUGAACAACGGGGUCUUCAUCGAAGGCCAGAUCGCCUUGGUGGAGCGGGGGGGCUGCUCAUUCCUGUCCAAGACUCGCAUCGUCCAGGAACUCGGCGGCCGUGCGGUGAUCAUCGCGGACAACGCCUAUGACAACGACAGCUCCUACGUGGAGAUGAUCCAGGACAGCACCAGGCGGACGGCGGACAUCCCUGCUCUCUUCCUGCUCGGGAGAGACGGGUACAUGAUCCGCCGAUCCCUGGAGCAGCACGGCCUCCCCUGGGCAGUCAUCUCCAUCCCCGUAAACGUCACCAGCAUCUCGACCUACGAACUGAUGCAGCCUCCGUGGACCUUUUGGUAGCAGAGAACGAGCGGGGCAAAGGAUGCCGGCGAGGACGGACCACAGACUGGCCGGCCGGCCCUUCCGAAAGGAGCCGGGCUGGGGCCUUACGAACCAGCAACCUCCUCGACGCCCCAUCAGCUCGCCUCCUCCAAGAAUCGGAGCCGCCGUUUUCGGGUAGCUUUCUUUCGUAGGUCGAAGGAGCUGCCCACGGCGAUUCAGCCCUAUGGGCUACGUAAUAAGUGUGGCACUGGCUUCCCUGCCCGGCACAACUGCCCAGGGUCGCGGCCAGAAGUCAUUCUUGGACCCGUGGGCACCAGGUACCACCCAUGAACUGCUCCAGCACAAUAUCCCUUCGAAAACCUGUGAUUCAACAGAGGCAGUUUGCUCUUUCUUGGGCUGUUCCUCCUCCCCACCGGAUCAGGAACGUGCCCCCAUUUCAUUGGCUGCCAGGAUC